CAGAAUUACAGUUAGAAGGCAACCUCCGCGGGCGGUGAAGGCAGCGGGACUUCCAGCAAGGCUUCCCCGAGAAGCUUCAGCGGGCGAUCAGCUUCCCUCCGAUCUCCGUCUUAUUCUUCUCUCUCCUCGCGGAAGUCUCCUCUUCUCCUGAUUCAUAUAUUUUGUCACUCUCUCGAAUGAUAUAAUUCCUCCAUCCUCUCUCAAAUUCGACCUCUAUUGUCAUACCCUCCCAAUUCAGACCCCGUUGGAGUGAAUCCCUCCGCAACGAAGACCGUAAACACUCUACAACCGGCAAACCGACGCCAUGGACGCCUCCAUGGACAUGGACCUGGACCUGGACCUUGGUCCAAUUCCUGAGCCUGAGCCCAUUGACGACGUGAGUGAAUGUCACUAUCUCGCUCACGCCCACCCUACCAUUCUCUCACUCUAACCUCUGGCAAUUUUUAGUAUCCCGCGACCGCGGAUGCCAUGGCACAAGACGGAGCAGCCGACCACCUCACUGAAGACGCUCAAUACGAGAAAGUACACAUCAGAGGAGUUGACGAAUUGACCACGGACAACAUCAAGCAAUUUGCGACCACUCACUUCCCUGCCGAGGAGCCUAGCCGGGUCGAGUGGAUUGACGAUACGUCGGCGAACAUUGUGUAUUCCUCGUCGGAGAUGGGUCUUCAGGCUCUGUCGGCCUUUACGCAAGUCGUCGAGGAAGAAGAUGCGGCUUUGCCGGCGCUGCGCCUGCGGUCGGCGAAACUCCUAUCCUCCCAUCCCGAUUCCGUCCUGCAGGUGCGGUCAGCCGUGAAGACCGAUCGGAAAAGACCCCGCGCGCAUGAAGCCAGUCGCUUUUAUCUCAUGCACCCUGAGCACGACCCUCGCGAACGACUACGACGGGAGCUGGCGGACAGACGGCGUGAUGGAGGCGGGGAUACCCAUGAUGGCGAUUACCGGAGGAGACGGUUUGAUGGACGCGAGCUGCGGCGACGGAGGGAUCGCGACGUGGACGAAGGCAUCAGUGCCAAUAUGUACGACGAUACGCGAGCGCCCAGCACCGAUUACUCCGACACGGAUAGGGGCCGCGACGGGCGAGACCGCCGAGGCCGCCGAGAUUUGUUCGAUGACGACGGAGGCCGUUCGUCUGGUCGUCUGCGUAACCGCAGUGCAUCGCCUGGUCGAGACACUCUGAUGGAGGGUGGAUAUCCGGACAAGGAUCGGUCUGGCUCACGCCGACGAUUCCGAGAACGAUCCCCUCAGUCUAGCCGCCACAACGAAGGCAAAGAACUUUUCCCAUCCUCGAAGUCCUCCGGGGCCGCCACUAGCGAUCCACAUGCGCGAGAGCUAUUCCCCAACAAACCGGCAACCAGCUAUCUCAAGAAGGAGCUCUUUCCCAGCAAGGUCAGCAACCACCGUCGGUCGGAUGCGAUCGAUGCAGCAGAUGAGACGGCGGAUCUGUUCGCGAGACGGAUCUCCAUUCCUCUUGUCGAUGGGGCACACGAACAAGGGCAUUCCCAGCGCAAUCGAAAUGUUGAGCUCUUCCCGGAGUCGGACUCAAGUGACGUGAACAUUCGUGGCGCGGCCGGUCAGGAUCGGGGUAUGUCAAUUCGAGGCUCAGCCAACAAUGGCCUCUCAAUCAAAGGGCGGGGAGCCUCUGUGCGCGAGCUCUUCCCAGACAAGUACAACAACAACGCCGGCAAGGAGCUCUUCUCCGAAAAGAUCGAUGGCCGAGGAGGACCCCGACGGAGAGCGGAGGACAUGUUUAGUUGAGGAUACUGCGAGGAAAGAAGAAUGAGGAAUACGUACAAGGAGGACAGCGAUGUGCAUGGAGAUCUUUCAUAAUUCUUGGGCCGGUGCUUUUUAUAAAAUAUUAGAUAGGAGAUGUGUCCCCAUGACGCCAUCCAGUUUGUGAUACCAAUCCCCUCUUCAGAUAGUUACUUUUCAUAUCAUAUCAUAAUUCAUGGAUUCCGUGUCUGAGCUGCACGGAAGUCUUAUAUGGCA